GAUGGCGGCCUCCGUGUUGUGCAGGAGGACAGCGGUGUUAUGUCGGACUUUCCGGGGGAUUGCACCGGUUCCUGCGGGCUGUCAGUCCGGGACCGUGCAGCAGACCGCGGCCUACAACCCCAAGCCGCUGCGGCUGAACCUCCGGGACCCGCACAUCCCGGACAAGCUCAGCGAGCGGACCCCGGAGUGGCAGAAGACGGCCCGGUACGACGGGAAGCUGUUCGGCCGCUACGGCUCCGUGUCGGGGGUCGACCCCGCGGCGCUGUGGCCGAGCCACGAGCAGCUGGACGGGAUCAUCGCGGAGGAGAAGCAGUGGCAGCCUCCGCUUGAGGAGAUGCUGAGGAGCAUCGAGCUGAAGGAGAAGGAGGAGACCGGGAAGCGACUGGCCAAAGAACGAGUCAUCGCAGCCAACAUGGCCAAGAUGCCCAAGAUGAUCACAGACUGGCGCAGAGAGAAGCGUGAGACCAAGCAGCGGCUGAAGGAGGAGAAGGAUCGGCGUGGGAAGCUGCUGAACCAGGCAAGGGAGCGAUUCGGCUACGCUCUGGACCCCCGCAGCCCCAAGUUCGUGGAAAUGGUCGCGGAGAUAGAAGCGGAAGAGAAGAAGCAAAGGAAACUGAUGAAGCGCCGACAGAAAGAAGAGCAGGCGGCCGCUCCGGUCUCAUCACCGGCUGCCGGGUCGUAGUCUCAGGAUCAACUGAGCGUGUUUGAUGAGGAAAGAACAACACGGCCGAGAGGGACGUUCGUUAAAGUGAAGAACAGUUUGAUCCUUGUUCGGCGUCAGAUGAUAUCACACAUCUGAUCAUCUGAUGAUAUCAGACGUUUGACCUGAAUCACACAGAACCUCCUCCAUCUUCUUUUCCUCAGUAUAAAUAUGUGUUUGGAUUUAUUUGCCCUGUUUCGAUUCUUGACCGAUGUAUUUAACUGUCACUGAAAUAAAUUAAUCUCUGUGAAGAUUGAA